AUGGACGCACCGACCCCCAUCCUCCAACUGUCCAACCACCUCAUCCGCCCCUUCUACGCGGGCGAUGUAGAAGCCAUCGCCAAAGAAGGCAACAACCCGGAAAUCGCCCGUUGGCUACGCAGCCGAUUCCCCGAGCCUACACCAUCGAAGACGCCAAGCCGGCGGGAGGAUAACAUCGCCAUCGGAAGCAUUGGGUUAAAAGCCAGAGACGAUGUAUACUAUCGGACGAUGGAGAUCGGGUACUGGGUGGGUCAAGACCACUGGGGAAAGGGGAUUGCUACGGAAGCAAUAUCUGCAAUGACUGCGUGGGCUUUUGAGAAUUUUGCACAUGUUUUAAAGCUAGAGGCGGAGGUAUAUGAUGGGAAUGAAGCCAGUCAAAAAGUGUUGGUGAAGGCGGGGUAUCAGUUUGAGGGGAGAAGAAGGAAAGCCGUGGAGAAAAAGGGCGUUGUUCUGGAUACACUUAACUUCUGUACUUUUAGAGCUGGGGAGUGA